GAGGAUUUUAUCGGUCAAAUGAUCACAUAUGAUCAAGAGGGCAACUGGAAGGAUGUCAAGAGGGAGUUGCCAGAGUUGCGAGAGUUGAUCGCCAAAACUCCCUCCCUUUUCCUGCACGAGUUGAAGAGGAGGAAUUUGGUUACGGAAGAGGAGUACUGGAGGGCGUUUACAAUUCCCGACGCCGCCAUGCGCGCGGACUCAAUCCUGUUGCCCGUCAUGAGACGAGGGGUAGGCAAACGCCGAAAGCUGCUGGAGAUACUCGAGCAGCAGCGGAGCAGGGAACGGCAUUUCCUUGACAUGCUGAAGAUGAGCCAUGUGUGCUCGCCCACGCUGAACCCCAACUCGGCACAUCGACGGCUUAAAAUUUCUGCCGAUCUCAGCACAGCGACGUGGAACCAGGCGGAUCAGCCUUACUCUGAUCACGCAGAGAGGUUUGAGUCGUGGGAAAUAGUCCUCUGCUUCGAGAACUUCUCGUCGGGUGACCACUACUGGGAAGUUGACGUGAGAGCCUCUAAAAACUGUUACAUCGGCGUCGCAUGCGAGUCGAUUCCUAGGAAUCCUCAAGAAAAGUCUGGCAGGCUGGGCUGGAAUGAGUCUACUUGGGCGUUCGUUCAAUGGGAUUCAAAUUACUCUGCAAGACAUAAUUACGAAUGCAUUCCUUAUCCGGAGAUUAAGCAUUUGCAGAGAGUCGGCGUUCGCUUGGACUUUAACGCAGGAAAGCUUUCGUUUUACAACGCCAGCACCAUGGAGCUGUUGCAUUCAUUUGAUGAUAUUCCAAGUGAGCCGCUCUUUCCGGCUUUCCAGGUGAACUCGGGCUCAGUCAUGAUUUACGAAGCUCAAUCAUUGAAGAACCUGACUGUGGAUGAGAGCAGAGAAGACAUUCAAAUUUGUAAUCACUUUGCAAACAGCGGAGAUCAUCGCACAAACAACACCAAUGCAGAGAAGGGUGACAGCAAAGAUGCAUUGCUCAGAACGGGGAUGGAGGCACCUUCGCUGGUACGAGAGUUGAUCGGUAGGAUCCCUGCAAUGCUACAUCACGAGUUGCUCGUCCAGGGUCUCAUCACGCAAUACGAGUUCUCAGAAGUCUUUUCGAUGCCCCUCGCAUCGGAACGAGUUAAGUUCAUGAUAAGACGCCUCAAUCGCAAGCAGGAAGAGAGCCCGCAAGUCCAAGAGAUUUUGCGUGAACAUCGUGAAAAGCAAGAGGCAUUCCUGAAAAUGCGGAGAGAAUCGAACACUUGCUCGUCGACUCUGAACCCAAACACGGCACAUCGGAACCUCCAGAUUUCUGCCGACUUUAAAACCGUCAGAACCUCCACACACACCCAACCUUACCCGGACAACUCCGGCAGGUUCGACCACUACCAAGUGGUCAUUUGCUCUGAGAAAAUCUCGUCGGGUCGCCACUACUGGGAGGUGGACGUGAGAGGUUCUGAGAAAUUUAACAUCGGUGUCACAUAUGACGCAAUACCACGGAAAGGUGAUGACAAAGCCUGUAAAAUUGGGUGCAAUGAAGUUUCUUGGAGCCUGAGGAAAUGGUGCAACGACUACACGGCGCUACAUAACGUGACGGAAACAAACCUGUCGGUGCGAGAUGCUCCCAAAAGAGUCGGAGUUCACCUGGACUGGGAGGCGGGCGUCUUGUCAUUCUACAGCGCCGACUCCAUGUCGCUGCUGCAUCGAUUUUACGCAACAUUUGAUCGAGAGCUGUACCCUGCAAUGUCCGUGCGGCGUAAAAGUCUCUCAAUAUGCCCUUUGCCAUAUGCAGACGCUCAUUGUUAGAGAUGAGAGGCUCCUAUUAGAGCGGUCGCCCAUUCGACUCCCGUAUGUAGAGUAACUCCCUGGCCAACCCCAAGGGUUCAGGUUUCUGAACACCCUCGCGGUUGGUAAAUUUAAAGGGGGCCGAUGGGAGGCUCUUAUUAGAGCGGUCGCCCAUUCGACUCCCAUAUGUAGAGUAACUCCCUGGCCAACCCCAAGGGUUCAGGUUUCUGAACACCCUCGCGGUUGGUAAAGUUACAGGGGGCCUAUGGGUAGUAGGGGGGUAGGAGAACCACAGCCGUGGUCAGACUCGCCACAGCUGAACUAAGUUGCCUGUUUAUUAACUAAACUAUGUUACUGUGUAUGGUACAUUACACAGUAACAUAAUACAACAUAAAUAAACAUCACAUUAACUUUACAUACAUUUUAAUAUUAACGAUUACAAUUAAAUGCAUUAACGACGAUGAUGAUGAUAAUGAGAUGAUGGUGCGAGGGCUGGUUAGAAGGAGGAGAGGCUAAGCCCAGCCACGCCCUCUUCCUCCCGGCCACAGACUCAACACCCUCUCACUCUCACCACUCGUUGCACGCUUGGGUCCAUGAUCAAGGGCAAAAUGAAUGUGCACCAUGAAGUACACUGUACAACAAAACAGACGGCAAGCUGAUCAUUUGAGCAGCGCCAUGGCCCCAUGGAAUUUGUAUUACAUUUCACUGUUCGCAGAGCAUACACAUCUGUAUUGAUGUCAGGUUUUUACGUAUUUUUAUAUUAAUGUGUUCAUAUAGUCGUCCGUACAGCUAUCUUGAUCAUUUCUGCGAUCCAGUGUAUAUACGGUAUUCCGAUGUCCUACUUUGUCUGUUACAUGAUUCUGUGAGUUUCAAAUUUUGUAUUAAACUCCAUACAGUGAGUGAAAACAAAUUCAUUGCAUUCCCAUGGCAUACAUCAUCUUAAACUUGACUGUGAGU